AGGUACGAAGGGAUACGUUGGCCAAUGCAGACCAGAAAUUUUCACUCGUCUGCGGAUUAUGAUUAUCUCGGGCACAUGAAACGAAUCAGGUCGAUGUGCAGCCUGAUCCUGCAGAUGCAAAUAAUUCAGUACCUUUGCACAGGAGCGAAUCACACGGGUCGACUGAACGAAUGCGACAUCUUCGGCUCUAAAGAAGCAGGGAGGCGUCUCACGUCAGUUCUCAAGCUUGGAUCUUCAAAGCCAUUUGCAGAUGUCUUGAAGAUGAUCAGUGAAGGUCGACAAGAAACCAUGGAUGCUUCGGCCACUCUAGAAUACUUUCUGCCCUCGUUGGAGGGGCUGGAGGGCAGUUCUGGACGUUACGUCGGAUGGGGUCAGCAAUAGUUGCAGCUUCACGAAAGUUCUUGCUCGCGCAUGUGAAAUAUAUGCCCAAUAGGGGGCAGGAGCUCGAUGU